AUGCCUCCAGCUCAGUCCCUGCCACCAGCUCAGUCCCUGCCACCAGCUCAGUCCCUGCCACCACCUCAGUCCCUGCCACCAGCUCAGUCCCUCCCACCAGCUCAGUCCCUGCCACCAGCUCAGUCCCUGCCACCAGCUCAGUCCCUGCCACCAGCUCAGUCUCUGCCACCAGCUCAGUCUCUGCCACCAGCUCAGUCCCUGCCACCAGCUCAGUCUCUGCCACCAGCUCAGUCUCUGCCACCAGCUCAGUCUCUGCCACCAGCUCAGUCUCUGCCACCAGCUCAGUCUCUGCCACCAGCUCAGUCUCUGCCACCAGCUCAGUCCCUCCCACCAGCUCAGUCCCUGCCACCAGCUCAGUCCCUGCCACCAGCUCAGUCCCUGCCACCAGCUCAGUCUCUGCCACCAGCUCAGUCUCUGCCACCAGCUCAGUCUCUGCCACCAGCUCAGUCUCUGCCACCAGCUCAGUCUCUGCCACCAGCUCAGUCCCUCCCACCAGCUCAGUCCCUGCCACCAGCUCAGUCCCUGCCACCAGCUCAGUCCCUGCCACCAGCUCAGUCUCUGCCACCAGCUCAGUCUCUGCCACCAGCUCAGUCCCUGCCACCAGCUCAGUCCCUGCCACCAGCUCAGUCCCUGCCACCAGCUCAGUCUCUGCCACCAGCUCAGUCCCUGCCACCAGCUCAGUCUCUGCCACCAGCUCAGUCCCUGCCACCAGCUCAGUCCCUGCCACCAGCUCAGUCCCUGCCACCAGCUCAGUCCCUGCCACCAGCUCAGUCCCUGCCACCAGCUCAGUCCCUGCCACCAGCUCAGUCUCUGCCACCAGCUCAGUCCCUGCCACCAGCUCAGUCUCUGCCACCAGCUCAGUCUCUGCCACCAGCUCAGCCACCAGCUCAGUCUCUGCCACCAGCUCAGUCCCUGACACCAGCUCAGUCCCUGCCACCAGCUCAGUCCCUGCCACCAGUUCAGUCUCUGCCACCAGCUCAGUCUCUGCCACCAGCUCAGUCCCUGCCACCAGCUCAGUCCCUGCCACCAGCUCAGUCCCUGCCACCAGCUCACUCAGUCUCUGCCACCAGCUCAGCCACCAGCUCAGUCUCUGCCACCAGCUCAGUCCCUGACACCAGCUCAGUCCCUGCCACCAGCUCAGUCCCUGCCACCAGCUCAUCCCUGCCACCAGCUCAGUCCCUGCCACCAGCUCAGUCUCUGCCACCAGCUCAGUCCCUCCCACCAGCUCAGUCCCUGCCACCAGCUCAGUCCCUGCCACCAGCUCAGUCCCUGCCACCAGCUCAGUCCCUCCCACCAGCUCAGUCCCUGCCACCAGCUCAGUCCCUGCCACCAGCUCAGUCCCUGCCACCAGCUCAGUCUCUGCCACCAGCUCAGUCCCUGCCACCAGCUCAGUCUCUGCCACCAGCUCAGUCUCUGCCACCAGCUCAGUCUCUGCCACCAGCUCAGUCUCUGCCACCAGCUCAGUCUCUGCCACCAGCUCAAUCUCUGCCACCAGCUCAGUCCCUCCCACCAGCUCAGUCCCUGCCACCAGCUCAGUCCCUGCCACCAGCUCAGUCCCUGCCACCAGCUCAGUCCCUGCCACCAGCUCAGUCUCUGCCACCAGCUCAGUCUCUGCCACCAGCUCAGUCUCUGCCACCAGCUCAGUCUCUGCCACCAGCUCAGUCCCUCCCACCAGCUCAGUCCCUGCCACCAGCUCAGUCCCUGCCACCACCUCAGUCCCUGCCACCAGCUCAGUCUCUGCCACCAGCUCAGUCUCUGCCACCAGCUCAGUCCCUGCCACCAGCUCAGUCUCUGCCACCAGCUCAGUCUCUGCCACCAGCUCAGUCCCUGCCACCAGCUCAGUCCCUGCCACCAGCUCAGUCCCUGCCACCAGCUCAGUCUCUGCCACCAGCUCAGUCCCUGCCACCAGCUCAGUCUCUGCCACCAGCUCAGUCCCUGCCACCAGCUCAGUCCCUGCCACCAGCUCAGUCCCUGCCACCAGCUCAGUCUCUGCCACCAGCUCAGUCCCUGCCACCAGCUCAGUCUCUGCCACCAGCUCAGUCUCUGCCACCAGCUCAGCCACCAGCUCAGUCUCUGCCACCAGCUCAGUCCCUGACACCAGCUCAGUCCCUGCCACCAGCUCAGUCCCUGCCACCAGCUCAGUCUCUGCCACCAGCUCAGUCUCUGCCACCAGCUCAGUCCCUGCCACCAGCUCAGUCCCUGCCACCAGCUCAGUCCCUGCCACCAGCUCAGUCUCUGCCACCAGCUCAGUCCCUCCCACCAGCUCAGUCCCUCCCACCAGCUCAGUCCCUGCCACCAGCUCAGUCCCUGCCACCAGCUCAGUCUCUGCCACCAGCUCAGUCUCUGCCACCAGCUCAGCCACCAGCUCAGUCUCUGCCACCAGCUCAGUCCCUGACACCAGCUCAGUCCCUGCCACCAGCUCAGUCCCUGCCACCAGCUCAGUCUCUGCCACCAGCUCAGUCUCUGCCACCAGCUCAGUCCCUGCCACCAGCUCAGUCACUGCCACCAGCUCAGUCCCUGCCACCAGCUCAGUCUCUGCCACCAGCUCAGUCCCUCCCACCAGCUCAGUCCCUGCCACCAGCUCAGUCCCUGCCACCAGCUCAGUCCCUGCCACCAGCUCAGUCUCUGCCACCAGCUCAGUCCCUGCCACCAGCUCAGUCCCUGCCACCAGCUCAGUCCCUGCCACCAGCUCAGUCCCUGCCACCAGCUCAGUCUCUGCCACCAGCUCAGUCCCUGCCACCAGCUCAGUCCCUGCCACCAGCUCAGUCUCUGCCACCAGCUCAGUCCCUGCCACCAGCUCAGUCUCUGCCACCAGCUCAGUCUCUGCCACCAGCUCAGUCUCUGCCACCAGCUCAGUCUCUGCCACCAGCUCAGUCUCUGCCACCAGCUCAGUCCCUGCCACCAGCUCAGUCCCUGCCACCAGUUCAGUCUCUGCCACCAGCUCAGUCUCUGCCACCAGCUCAGUCCCUGCCACCAGCUCAGUCCCUGCCACCAGCUCAGUCCCUGCCACCAGCUCAGUCUCUGCCACCAGCUCAGUCCCUCCCACCAGCUCAGUCCCUGCCACCAGCUCAGUCCCUGCCACCAGCUCAGUCUCUGCCACCAGCUCAGUCUCUGCCACCAGCUCAGCCACCAGCUCAGUCUCUGCCACCAGCUCAGUCCCUGACACCAGCUCAGUCCCUGCCACCAGCUCAGUCCCUGCCACCAGCUCAGUCUCUGCCACCAGCUCAGUCUCUGCCACCAGCUCAGUCCCUGCCACCAGCUCAGUCCCUGCCACCAGCUCAGUCCCUGCCACCAGCUCAGUCUCUGCCACCAGCUCAGUCCCUCCCACCAGCUCAGUCCCUGCCACCAGCUCAGUGCCUGCCACCAGCUCAGUCCCUGCCACCAGCUCAGUCCCUCCCACCAGCUCAGUCCCUGCCACCAGCUCAGUCCCUGCCACCAGCUCAGUCCCUGCCACCAGCUCAGUCCCUGCCACCAGCUCAGUCUCUGCCACCAGCUCAGUCUCUGCCACCAGCUCAGUCUCUGCCACCAGCUCAGUCUCUGCCACCAGCUCAGUCUCUGCCACCAGCUCAGUCUCUGCCACCAGCUCAGUCCCUCCCACCAGCUCAGUCCCUGCCACCAGCUCAGUCCCUGCCACCAGCUCAGUCCCUGCCACCAGCUCAGUCCCUGCCACCAGCUCAGUCUCUGCCACCAGCUCAGUCUCUGCCACCAGCUCAGUCUCUGCCACCAGCUCAGUCUCUGCCACCAGCUCAGUCCCUCCCACCAGCUCAGUCCCUGCCACCAGCUCAGUCCCUGCCACCACCUCAGUCCCUGCCACCAGCUCAGUCUCUGCCACCAGCUCAGUCUCUGCCACCAGCUCAGUCCCUGCCACCAGCUCAGUCCCUGCCACCAGCUCAGUCUCUGCCACCAGCUCAGUCUCUGCCACCAGCUCAGUCCCUGCCACCAGCUCAGUCCCUGCCACCAGCUCAGUCCCUGCCACCAGCUCAGUCUCUGCCACCAGCUCAGUCCCUGCCACCAGCUCAGUCUCUGCCACCAGCUCAGUCCCUGCCACCAGCUCAGUCCCUGCCACCAGCUCAGUCCCUGCCACCAGCUCAGUCUCUGCCACCAGCUCAGUCCCUGCCACCAGCUCAGUCUCUGCCACCAGCUCAGUCUCUGCCACCAGCUCAGCCACCAGCUCACUCAGUCCCUGCCACCAGCUCAGUCUCUGCCACCAGCUCAGUCUCUGCCACCAGCUCAGUCCCUGCCACCAGCUCAGUCCCUGCCACCAGCUCAGUCCCUGCCACCAGCUCAGUCUCUGCCACCAGCUCAGUCCCUCCCACCAGCUCAGUCCCUGCCACCAGCUCAGUCCCUGCCACCAGCUCAGUCUCUGCCACCAGCUCAGUCUCUGCCACCAGCUCAGCCACCAGCUCAGUCUCUGCCACCAGCUCAGUCCCUGACACCAGCUCAGUCCCUGCCACCAGCUCAGUCCCUGCCACCAGCUCAGUCUCUGCCACCAGCUCAGUCUCUGCCACCAGCUCAGUCCCUGCCACCAGCUCAGUCACUGCCACCAGCUCAGUCCCUGCCACCAUCUCUGCCACCAGCUCAGUCCCUGCCACCAGCUCAGUCCCUGCCACCAGCUCAGUCCCUGCCACCAGCUCAGUCCCUGCCACCAGCUCAGUCUCUGCCACCAGCUCAGUCCCUGCCACCAGCUCAGUCCCUGCCACCAGCUCAGUCUCUGCCACCAGCUCAGUCCCUGCCACCAGCUCAGUCUCUGCCACCAGCUCAGUCUCUGCCACCAGCUCAGUCUCUGCCACCAGCUCAGUCUCUGCCACCAGCUCAGUCUCUGCCACCAGCUCAGUCCCUGCCACCAGCUCAGUCCCUGCCACCAGCUCAGUCUCUGCCACCAGCUCAGCCACCAGCUCAGUCUCUGCCACCAGCUCAGUCCCUGCCACCAGCUCAGUCCCUGCCACCAGCUCAGUCCCUGCCACCAGCUCAGUCCCUGCCACCAGCUCAGUCUCUGCCACCAGCUCAGUCUCUGCCACCAGCUCAGUCUCUGCCACCAGCUCAGUCUCUGCCACCAGCUCAGUCUCUGCCACCAGCUCAGCCACCAGCUCAUCUCUGCCACCAGCUCAGUCCCUGCCACCAGCUCAGUCCCUGCCACCAGCUCAGUCUCUGCCACCAGCUCAGUCCCUGCCACCAGCUCAGUCUCUGCCACCAGCUCAGUCUCUGCCACCAGCUCAGUCCCUGCCACCAGCUCAGUCCCUGCCACCAGCUCAGUCCCUGCCACCAGCUCAGUCCCUGCCACCAGCUCAGUCCCUGCCACCAGCUCAGUCUCUGCCACCAGCUCAGUCUCUGCCACCAGCUCAGCCACCAGCUCAGUCUCUGCCACCAGCUCAGUCCCUGACACCAGCUCAGUCCCUGCCACCAGCUCAGUCCCUGCCACCAGCUCAGUCCCUGCCACCAGCUCAGUCUUUGCCACCAGCUCAGUCUCUGCCACCAGCUCAGUCCCUGCCACCAGCUCAGUCCCUGCCACCAGCUCAGUCCCUGCCACCAGCUCAGUCACUGCCACCAGCUCAGUCUCUGCCACCAGCUCAGUCUCUGCCACCAGCUCAGCCACCAGCUCAGUCUCUGCCACCAGCUCAGUCCCUGACACCAGCUCAGUCCCUGCCACCAGCUCAGUCCCUGCCACCAGCUCAGUCCCUGCCACCAGCUCAGACUCUGCCACCAGCUCAGUCUCUGCCACCAGCUCAGUCCCUGCCACCAGCUCAGUCUCUGCCACCAGCUCUGCCACCAGCUCAGUCUCUGCCACCAGCUCAGUCUCUGCCACUAGCUCAGUCUCUGUCACUAGCUAUGUCACUAGCCUAG